GGUUUGCGUUAGCGCUAUGAAAAACGUUGGCGCGGUCGCGUGCAUUACUGUCACAAUACGCAAUCAUCCCUCGUAUGCAAGCCCCCCCAGCUUCCCAUAUAAAAAGCGCUUUCUCAUGCAUAUUCUUUUUACGCCAUUCGACAUAAAAAAAGCUCGUAAACAUCAUGACAGCCAACACACUUGCAGCUCAAGGCGUCUCCAGUGUCCCAUCUCCAGUUGACAAGGGAGAUGCUGCGACUAAUGCUCGUCGAGAUUCGGGCCAUGGGACUCCCGUUCCUUUGGAGGAACAAGUGAUCGUUUCUGCUGUUGACAAGUGCCCGGCUACCAAAGCAUUUCCUGUUCCAGAGGAUUUGGACAAAUAUAUUAGGAACCCAGGCUGUCCGCGCGCUAAUGCUGCCCCGAGUGCUGAGCAUCCUACGGGCUCCCACGACAACAAACGGGACCUUACUGUCAUGCAACAACAUAUCGAGUUUUUUGAUCGAGUGAAGGAUGGCAUCAUUUGGCCUUGGGAGACAUAUGUGGGAUUUCGGGCAAUUGGAUUCAACAUCGCGUUUAGCAUUAUGGCCGUCUUUGUAAUUCAUGGUGGAUUCAGUUACUUUUCGAUUGAUAGUUGGAUUCCUCAUCCUGGCUUUCCAAUUUACAUCAAAAAUAUCCAUCGAUGCAAACAUGGCAGUGAUACCGGCACAUAUGACACGGAGGGACGAUACAUUCCUCAAAGGUUCGAGGAGAUUUUCACAAAAUUCGACAAGACAGGAAAAGGUGGUCUCACCUUGCGCGAAAUUCUCACCAUGACCCGUGAGAUCCGGAACGUUAUGGACUUUUUUGGUGUCUUUGCAAAUCUUUUCGAAUGGGUGACGCUUUGGCUUCUAUGCAAGGAUGAGCACGGUGUUGUGAAAAAGGAGCAACUCCGGAGAGUCUACGAUGGAACCUUGUUUUAUCACAUUGAGAGCGAGAUCAAGGCAAAGAAGCAAGAAAAGCUGAAACAGAAACAAGCCAAAAAGCAAGCAGCGAAAGCAAAGCGGGGCUGAAGGGAAUUAUGCAUGCGUCGGUUUUAGUUCGAGAUGGGAUUUUUUUCUUUUGGCUGCAGAUAUAAUUUCAGUCUGUAUAGGAGCUGGAAAUUAGCAAUCUCUUUUGUGUAUUUUGCAAAUAUAGCAUUUUCGCAAGAUA